AUGCACACUUUUUUUUUUUCCUUUUGUUCCUUUCCCCACCUUCUUUUUUUCAGGUUGUGCUGGAAAGUUUACAGGAGGCAAGCGUGAGAUCAAGGUGUACUGGAACUCAAAGAUUUGGUAUGCAUUUAGUAGCAACAAACAUACAUACUCUAAUCAAUAACAUUUAUCUCUGUGAACAACAUCUCUGUCUCCCUCAUGUCGGCGACAACACAUGGUCUCCUCAUUCCAUUGUCUGCCCUGACUAAAAGCAAAAAGUCAAUGCGACUUUCAGGCUAAUUCCUCAAUUAUUAAAGCGAAGCAUCAUAAAGGAAGAGAAAAAGUGGCCAAGAAAAAGGAUUUAGUUCAUCCAUCUCCAUUAUGCUCGGUCUCCUUCAAGCUAUUUCAUCCGUGCGGUGGCGAUGGACGAAUCGUGGCGAGCACCGAUCGGAUCCGUGAUCCCCCGGCGGCGCUCCACCGAGGAGACGCGGGGACCGCGGAGCCGCUGGGCGGACUACGGCAGCGCCGCCGCGCUUGGUCCAGACGAUUUCCGCGACGUCUUCGGCGGGCCGCCGCGGACGGUCCUCCUGUGCCGAUUCUCCGGUGAGCUCCACGGGUCUGGAGAUCCCAAGCCCGGGAGCUUCUACGGCGAAAUCUUGCGCCCGGCGAACCGGCAGAGGCGGAUCCCUCGAGGGGUGGCAGAUGGGCGAGGGAUGGUGAAGACAGAGGAGGGAUUCUACGACGACAUAUUUGGGAACGAAAGCAUCGGCGGUCAGAGGUCGAAAUCGAAGUCGUCGUCAUCAUCAGUGCUUAGCUCGGAGGACGCCAUGCUCUCUUCCUUCGCUUCUAAGCUCAGGCCAAUCGCAAUCCCCUCAAAAGGUUAUGGGUCUUCUCCAUCAACCACUGCAAGAGAUGGAUGGAGCAUCGAUUCAUACCCAACAGAUUCCUACUUGUUGGAGUGCAAAGACUCCAAGAACAAAGGCCACAGUUCUAACGAACUACUUCGACAAAAAUCUCAUCUUGGAUUCUCCUGCUGCUUCUCACCGCCGGAGACGAUCAGCCUAGAAGCCAGCUUCCGCAAGAACCACGAUGAGCCAGCGGGGUCUUACAACUCCGAUGAUUCCCCAAUCUCGUCGGUAAUAUCUUCUGCAUUUCUUGCUCCCAUGCUGUCGAAAGCAGGCUCAGGAGUGGAGGAUGUGAUACUGGAACUGAAAAGGGACAGGCAAAGAGUUGGAAGCUCCUCCUACAAGAUCGAAGCCGACCACCAUGACCAGGGAGAUAGAGAAGGAUCUGAUGCCAUAGAUGAAGCGAUUGCGUGGGCCAAGCAGAAGUUUCGGAAUCAUCAGGAAAAAUUUAAUUCUAUGAAUCAGAUGAAAGAGGAUCCAGUUAGCAUUUGCUGAAGAAGACUGGAGCUUCAGGGUAUUCCUCUCUGUUUGGUAGAAAUAUACUUUAAGAGAGAAUCACAAGCAAACAGCCACAGCAGUGCAUGAUUCUCUUCGUUUAUGUUGUUGUAUGCAUCAAAGCCUCGUUCAUGCCUCGUGUCUAGUACUAGUGUUUCGUUGUGUUUGUCGUGUCCAUUGAUUUGAUUCCCUUUCCUUGUUGGAAGGUUUAUUUAAUUCAGUUUUAGCGAAAGCUAGUGAUUAAGAGUCAACGAUGUCGAUAACUCAUUUUGAACAAAAAUGUUUGGUGUUAA